GUGCUAUUCGAAGAUUAGGGCCGAUGAAAUAAUUUCAAACAGCAAGUCCAAAGCUCAUAUUUAUGAGCUUAAGGAGAAAACGAAGUCCCUCCAAGACAAAGCGAGCUUUCUUGAGAGUGAGUACAAAGGACUUUUAGAGUCAAAGAAAUGUCUUGAGUUUAAUCUU